AUGAGGGUCUUUCGAAAACAUCUCUUGUCUUGUAUCUUGAUUGCAUUGUUCGGCGGAAAUGAAGCGACCGAAUUUUUCCCUUACGAAGAUGCGCUCACGCGAGACGCGAGUCUCUCGCAAGAUGAUGCAUCUGUCGAUUACCGAUUGCCGACGUCCGUCAGACCUAUUUCGUACGAGAUCAUGUUCACACCGGAAUUCCAAAACAGCUUUACGUUCGGUGGUAUCGAGAAAAUCAUGGCUGUGGCAGAAGAAGAUACUGACACGAUCACGUUGCACGUGGGUGACAUAAAGAUCAUCUCGCGAUCCGUCAUACUGAACGAGAAGAACAUAUACAAAUCGAGCAGCUACGAUAAUGUCACCGAAAAGUACACCAUCACACUUUCCAAGACUCUCAAGAAGGACUCGAAAAUAAUGAUUACUUUUACUUACCAAGGAAAAUUGCGCGAUGACAUGAUCGGCUUUUAUAAAAGUUCUUACUUCGAUCAAGACGGACAGAUCAAAUGGCUAGCCGCAACGCAGUUUCAAACGACACACGCUAGACAUGCCUUCGCGUGUUUCGACGAGCCGAGUUUCAAGGCAACCUUCACGAUCCGCAUAUUAAGGAACAAAAGUUAUACAUGCCUUAGCAACAUGCAGCAGAUCGAAAACGACCCACAGGAACACGACAUGGUUUGGGACACCUUCCAGCAGACCGUUCCCAUGUCCACCUACCUGGUGGCGUUCGUCGUUUCGGAAUUCUCGCAUUUCGGGCAAGUCCCACACCAAAUGUGGGCCAGACCGGCAGUCAUCGAUCAGGCUGGAUACGCUCAUAAAAUCAGCAAAAUUACCCUUGAGUUGCUUGGCAGGAAGUUUCUGCAAAAAUACAAUCUCCCCAAGAUGGACAUGGUAGCUGUGCCCGACUUCAAUGCCGGCGCCAUGGAAAACUGGGGAUUGGUGACGUUCCGCGAGCUUAAUAUGCUGUACGAUGAGGAAGAAUCGUCGGCGCCCGCGCAACAAAAAGUGGCGUUCACGAUCGCUCAUGAGUGCUCGCAUAUGUGGUUCGGAAACCUGGUGACGCCGGAAUGGUGGAGUUACCUAUGGCUCAGCGAAGGGUUCGCCAAUUACUUCGAAUACUUCGUUACCGCAGAAAUCGAGAUAUCGUGGAACAUCAAGGAGCAAUUCGUGGUGGACGUGCAUCAAGCUGCUUUGGUAGCGGACAGUCUUGAGUCUUCUCAACCGAUGACUCGGGAGGUUUCCAAUCAUUCGCAAAUCGAGAAAAUAGGUGACAUCAUCACCUAUUCAAAGGGUGCCAGCAUCAUUCGCAUGACUAGCCUCGCGUUCAAAAAGAAUGUCUUCCCGUCAGCGUUACGCGAAUACUUGAGUAAAAAUAAAGAGAAAGGAUUAGGUAAUCCGGAUGCUUUAUGGGCGGCGCUACAAGAUCAAGUGAAUCUCGAAGAUCCUUCACUGAAAACUGUUCCUGUGAAAACUGUAAUGGAUACUUGGACGACGAAGGCCGGAUAUCCUGUCGUGUCGGUCGCGAUCGACGAUAAAGGUGUACUUCACGUUAGCCAGGAACGCUUCUUCUUGAGAAACCUGGACAACAUCUCAACGGGCGAUACUUGGUGGGUGCCCCUCACGUGGACCACGCAGAGUACUCGGAAUUUCGAUGACACGACUGCCAAAUACUGGCUAUCUAACAUAAAUGACACUGUAAACCUCAAUGUCGAUUCAAACGAAUGGGUGAUAUUCAACGUUCAGUCAUCGGGUUUCUACCGCGUCAAUUACAAUCUCAAGGGAUGGCAGCUUAUUUUCAAUGUCUUGCACAGCUCCAAAUUCUACGACAUCCAUGUGUCAAACAGAGCCGUCCUCGUGGACGAUUUGUUAAACCUGGGUAGAGCGGGAUAUCAAAAUUACGAGACGGUCCUAGAUGGCAUAACAUAUCUCAAAUGGGAAACGAAUUAUUUGCCCUUCAGAGCAGCAUUAAAUGGCUUAAGCUACUUGAACAAACGGUUUGGAGGAUAUGAGGAGCAUUCCUUACUUAAGCAAUACGUGUUAUCGCUCAUCAAUAAUACACGCAAUCAACUAGGAUACGAGGAUCGCGAGGACGAUGACAGAUUGACGGUCCUGUUACGACGCGACUUGAACAUCUGGGCCUGCAAUUUCGACGACGACGAGUGCGUGACGACUUAUGUCGGCAAGUUCCAAAAGUGGAAAGCGGAACCCUCUACCUCCAUCAAACCGAACGAAAGGACCGUGGCUUACUGCGUAGGCAUUAGAAACGGCACAUCAGGUGACUGGGAAUUUCUCUGGGAAAAAUAUUUCUACUCCGACAACGCGGCCGAACAAAAAGAGAUUAUCAAUGCUCUCGGAUGCAGUCUAAACACUACCAUCUUGGAAAAAUAUUUGAAGUACGCCAUCAGCGAUUAUCAGACCAACCGGAUACGCAAGCAAGACAGCGCGAGCGUUUUCGACGCCGUUUCCUCGAGCAUGAUCGGCGCUGAAUACAUCCUCGACUUCGUCGAGAAAUAUCACGAAGAUAUGGAAAAAUACUACGGAGGACUGAGUACGGUGGGCCAGAUCCUCGACGGGGCGUCGCAGAGUUUCUCCACACAGAAACUAGUGGACAAAUUUCAAAAUUUCAUAGAUCGGCAUAAGAUAAAAUUCGAGCCGGUCUUGAAAUCUCUGGAGACCUCCUUGAGAAACGCCAAAUAUGAAUUGCAAUGGUACAAGACUUAUUCGGAACCUAUCAUUCAAUGGCUACGAAAGCGCAAUAACAAUGACGAAGUGACCGAACUGCCGGUGUCGUCGUCGACGUCUAGAUUCGACGAGGACUUAAUGAAAUAUCGCCUACCUAAGACAGUAAUUCCUCACAAGUACGUCAUCACCAUCACGACGCAUUUUAAGGACGACUUCACCUUCGACGGAAACGUGCUGAUCAGUGUCACCGUUAAGGAGCAGACGGAUUUGGUCGUUUUGCAUUCCACGGUAUUGGAAAUUCAUUCGGUGAAGGUGAAGGCCGGUCAGGAGGAAAUCAAAACGGAACAUAAUCCCGUGAACAAGUACGAAUUCCUCGAGAUAAAGCUCGAUCGGGAAAUAAACGCUGAAACUGAUCUGACCAUUGAAAUCUCAUACAAGGGUGCUUUGGCAUCAGACCUUAAUGGCUUCUACAAAAGUUACUACCUAAAUAACAAAGGGUCGAUGAGCUGGCUCGCCGCCACGCAAUUGGAGCCGGUUUUCGCCAGGAGGAUGUUCCCUUGCUUCGAUGAACCAGCACUGAAGGCAACCUUCACCAUCCGAGUGUGCACAGAGAGAGGAACUUACGAUGCAAUCAGUAACAUGAAUUUCUCGAGGCUCGAAAAGAGUGACGAGUGUCCUUCCAACUAUUCCGUCUUCGAAGAGUCGGUGAAGAUGUCGACGUACUUAGUAGCGCUCCUCGUUUCCGAUUUCAAGUCCACAAAAAAGGUCGAAAAUAAAUAUGCCGUUUACGCACGGCCCAACGCUGUCGAUCAAGCGGAAUACGCCCUGUCCGUGAUAUCUCCGAUCGUGAAGUUCUUCGAGACCAAUUUUAAACAGAAAUAUCAGAUCGACAAGCUCGAUAUGGUCGCAUUACCGGACUUCCAGAUGAGCGCGAUGGAAAAUUGGGGCCUCUUGACGUACAGAGAGGGAAGUCUAUUGUACGACGAGAAUCAUUCGUCGAUCACGAGCAAGCAGGCUAUCAGGAACGUGAUCGCCCACGAAAUCGCCCAUCAAUGGUUUGGAAAUUUGGUCACUCCUGCAUGGUGGAACUACUUGUGGCUGAGCGAAGGAUUCGGUCGAUACUUCCAGUAUCACGCCACCGCUGACGUGUUCAAGGACGUGACGUUGGAGUCGCAAUUUGUAGUGGACCAUCUGCAUUCUGCCUUCGCUGCGGAUAGUUCCGAUUCCACUCACCCCAUGACCCACGAUGUGUUCACACCGAGCGAGAUUCAAGACAUGUUCGAUACGAUCUCUUAUGCUAAAGCUGCCAGCGUGCUGAGAAUGGUGGAAAAGUCAUUCGGGAAACAAGUGUUCUACAAUGCGUUGAAAGGCUAUCUCAACGACCGGAAAUAUAACUUUUCUACACCGGAAGACUUGUACGUGCAACUUCAGACUCAAGUACACCUUGAAGGAGGAGAGGAAAAUAUCCAAAAGAUCUUGGAUACAUGGACAACUCAAUCCGGUUAUCCUGUCAUUCACGUCACCACUCAAGACGACAUCAUGAUUUUUAGACAAGAACGUUUCCUCUUCAAGAAACCUGAGAACUUUUUCGACGGUAACAUCUGGCACAUCCCGAUCACAAUAGCGCAUACGGACAAGGAGGAUUACCAAAUUGCUACACCGAGUUUCUGGUUGACGAAAGAACAAAUGAAAAUCCCCAAACCCGAGAUGCUAAUCGUCAACGUACAGCAAUCCGGAUUUUAUCGUGUCAAUUAUGACGAAGAGCACUGGCUACGGUUGAUUGAAGUUCUCAAAACUUCGAAUAUUAUUCACGAGAUCAACCGCGCGGCGAUAAUUGAUGAUCUGAUGAAUCUCGCCAGAGCGAACUACGUCAAUUACGGGAUUGCCAUAUCAGCUACGAAGUAUUUGACUGAGGAAAGGAAUUAUCUGCCGUGGCGUGCGUUCUACAAUAAUCUGCCUUACUUGAACAGACGUUUCUGGGGUCGUGACAUAGAAGCCUUAUACAAAAAAUACCUAGAAUUACUCAUAGAGCCGCUUUACACAGACCUCACCUUCGAGGAUAACGAGAACAACGAGAAUGACUUGACACGCAUGCAGAAUAUGUUGAGAAUAUACACUCGCGAAUGGGCCUGCAAAUUAGAUAUCGCAGACUGUAAGUUCCACGCUGCGAAAUAUUUCCAACUGAAGCGCAACAAUUUACAAGAAAUACCGCCAAAUUAUCGCGGCGUCAUUUACUGCACGGCCAUGAAAACAGACACGACAGAAUUUACCUACAAGUUCCUUCAGACAGAAUACAAGAGAAGCAAUGUCAUGGCGGACAAACUCAUGAUCCUCAACUCGUUGGGAUGUUCGCAAAACAAGGAGAUAUUAGAAAAGUUGCUGUUGACCGCGAUCGAGGAAAAUUCAUUUAUACGACUCCAAGACAGCACGAAGGUAUUCUCGAGUGUCUACGAUGCGAGCUUGAUCGGCGUUGAUGUUGUCAUGAACGUCAUCAUGAAUAACACGAAUUACGAUAACAUGACUAAACGCUUUGGCGGUACUAAGGAAAUCUAUAGCAUAGUGAGUGCCUUGGCGAGCAGACUAUCUACUUACGAAUUAUACGGAACGUAUGUAAAACUACUCGACUACUUGAUCGACAAAGAUCCGACAUUCAAGAAUUCCGCUGAUUCCCACGUGGCAAACGCGCAGUACGAAUUUGAUUGGUACGAGAGAAAAAUGCCGGAAAUUUUCCAAGCGUUGGACAAGCUGUUGGUGGGCGAAAAGUUUCGCUUGCCGAACACGAUGUAUCCCGAACUGUACAAUAUCUCCCUUACGCCUUAUAUACAAGAGGGCACCUUCGAAGGGAACGUGCAAAUACGCAUAAAAACCGACAAGACCCUCACAGCCGUAUCAGAUAUACUUCUCAAUUCGUACAAUCUCACUAUCAAGAACGUAAUGGUUUACGUAAUUACGCCGGCGAUUAUGAACGACGAGUACGAUGUGAAGGUCAAAGAUGUAUCGUCGAAAUUCGUGUUGAAUCCUAUCACGCAACAAUUGAAGAUAUACCUGAAUGAAUUCGUGAAUGUGGAGACGUUGAUAGUGAACAUCGAGUAUGAAGGGACCCUCAACGACAACAUGCAAGGAUUCUAUCGUAGUUCCUACAAGGACAAAGACGGGGUGCUACGCUGGCUGGCCACAACACAAUUUGAGCCCGCACACGCUAGACAAGCUUUCCCCUGCUUCGACGAGCCGGCGUUCAAAUCGAAAUUCAUAAUUAACAUUCAACGGCCAACGUUCUAUACGAGUCUGAGUAAUAUGCCGCGCUCGAAAGAGUUAGCAUCGGAGAAAGCUGGCUAUAUGUGGGACAUCUUCGAGACCACCGUCGUGGAGAUGCCAACGUAUCUAGUGGCAUUCGUUAUCAGCGAGUUUGAAUCUUUCGGACCCGAGGGCGGGAUCGACGUUUGGGGCAGACCCGAGGUCGUGAAGAACGGUUAUUUCGCUCGGAAGGCCGCCAUUGAGCAACUACGCAUUUUGGAGGAAUUCACGGGCAUCGAGUAUCCUAUGCUUAAGGUGGACCUGAUAGGAAUUCCGGAUUUCGAAAUGGGCGCGAUGGAGAACUGGGGCCUCAUCACUUUCCGCGAGUACGGACUUUUCUAUAAAGAAGGCGUGACUACGAGCAAGUACGAGAAAUACUUAACCACCGUCAUAGCGCAUGAAUUCGCUCACACGUGGUUCGGUAAUCUGGUCACUUGUCAAUGGUGGGACUACAUUUGGCUCAACGAAGGCUUCGCCGAAUACCUAGAAUGGUACACGGCUGAUCAGAUGCUGCCCAAGGACAGAUUCAUGGACCAGUUCGUGGUUUACGAGCUGCAGGCCGCUCUGGCGAAGGAUUCCUCGAAAUCGGCGCAUCCGAUGACAAACCCCGUGAAAACCCCCAAGGAGAUAAAGGGCGUCUUCGAUUACGUCACUUACGGGAAGUCCUCUUCCGUUUUACGAAUGAUAUUCAACGCAUUCGACAAGGAAGUUCACAAGUCGGCGCUUCGCGAUUACCUGAAAAAGCACCGAGGCGGCACGGCACGUCCCACGGAUUUAUGGAAAAGUUUCAAGCCGUAUGUAACAAUUUCAAUCGAGAAUGGACAGUUGGACUUCGAAGAAGCGAUGAAUACUUGGACGGACCAACCGGGAUAUCCCGUCGUUCAUGCGUCUUUAAAUAAUUCCGAAGUGACACUCACCCAGGAGCGGUUUAUCCUGGACAACAAGAUGAAGCUGAGCAAGAAAGGCACAGAGUUUUACUGGAUACCGAUUCGAAUCACGAAGUCCACCGAUAACAGGACCAACGAUAAUUACAUAACUUUAAACAACAAAGCGUGGUUGGGCCCGAAACCUAUAAAAAUGUACGUUAAUCCCAUGAACGAGUGGUUCAUCGUAAAUUACAGGCAGACCGGCUUCUACCGCGUCAAUUACGACGACUUCUCGUGGGGUCGGCUAAUCGAAGAGCUGCAGAGCAGCCGAUACGAGAAUAUCGACGUACUGAAUCGCGCUCAAAUCAUGGACGACCUCUUUUACUUAACGCGCGCCGGUUACACGGACGACAAAUUCUGGUGGGCAGCGACGAAAUAUUUGAUCCGAGAGAAAGAACAUCUACCAUGGAGGGCUUUCUUCAACAGCCUGUCCUACGUUUACGAGAGAUUCGAGGGACAGCCUCACGAGGACAACCUGAAGAAAUACGUUCUGAAUUUGACGUCCGAGACAUACGAUGAAGUAGGAUUCAAAGAUUACUAUGGAGAACAUUUGAUGGAUGGGUUACACAGAGAAAUGAUUCUCGAGUGGGCCUGCAAACUCGAUAAGCCGGAAUGCGUUGAGACAUCUAUAGAUCUGUUCGCGUCUUGGAAAAAAGGCAAAAAGAAAAUUCCAGCCAACGCACAAGCAGCUGUCCUUUGCACUGCAAUCAGAUACGGGACUCAGGACGACUGGGAGUUCUUGUGGGAAAGUUAUGUAACGUCGAAUUUCGCCUCUCAGAAGAUGGUCUAUAUAAACGCGCUCGGCUGCACGAGGGAUCCAGCGGUGGCCUAUAUUUACCUGAUGAAAAUCAUGAACGAAACCGGCGUUGAUAAGAACGGCCCCUUUAUUCGUAGACAGGAUGUUUCAGCAGUGUUUACUUCCGUAUAUGGCUCAAGUCAAGUGGGAAUAAACAGUACCAUCCACUUUUUAAUGUCACAUUCGGAAUGGCUGAGUAAUUAUUUCGGCAACUGGGACGACGUUCGAAAAUUGGUUACCGAUGCAGCGUCUCACAUUUCGGAUCUCAGAGUAUUUAAUAAGAUGUCGUUCCUAUUCGUAACUCAGCCGGAUGUGUUCCCAUUGAAAUUUGUAAAAUCCAUUGAAGACAUUGUGGGUAACAACUUAAAUUGGUAUAGGUCACAUGGCGAACCAUUCGGCAACUGGAUAUUCAAGGAACUGCGUGGAAAACCUGGCGGUUGUGCAACAAUACAGCCUUUAAAUAUAAUUCUUAUGACACUCGUUGCUUUAAUAUCAUACUUUUUAAGCUGUCACUGA